AUGGCCACGGCCUAUGUGGCAUGCAAACUAAACAUUCCAGCAACUGUCAUUGUGUCUUCAUCCACAUCUGAACUGAUCAGGGAGAAACUGAAGGACCAGGGAGCCACGGCCAGAGUAGUGGGCAAGGUAAGCCCGCCAAUUAGUGACCGUCUCUCCACUCAAUACUUUUUGUCAGCCUUAUAAUUGAAGACUGAUUUACUUGUAGACUAUGUCUGUUCCCCCAUGUGUGUGUUGCCAUUUUUGUCUCAUUCUGCCUGUUCAGGUGUGGGAUGAUGCUAAUGAUGAGGCCCUGCGUCUGACCCAGACUGAUGGCCUGACCUACGUCCCACCCUUUGACCAUCCUCUGCUCUGGUGAGAAGGUACUUCAGUCAGACCAGUCCUUAACUGAGCCUGUAGUAAGGGGCACCUUUGUUCCAGACCUGUUGUUGAAAUUAACACCAUUCUUCAUUUAUUUUGAUUUGACUGUUUUCCCCCCCCCCUUAACCUAUUUUUUGCUCCUUUUCCCCCUUCCUAUUUUGUGUAUGAUGACACAUUUUGUUUGUAAAAUAAUAUUUAAAUCCAUUUUGAUUUGAUUCCCCCCCAAGGCAAGGCCAUGCCAGUAUUGUGAGAGAGAUCAAGGCCUCUCUUCCAUCCAAGCCUGGGGCUGUAGUUUUAUCUGUGUGGGGAGGGAGGGCUGCUCUGUGGGGUGGUGAAGGGCAUGAAAGAGGUGGGCUGGGGCAGUGUGCCCAUCAUCUGCAUGGAGACUGAGGGAGCAGACUGUUUUAACGCAGCAGUGAAGGCUGGCAAGAUAGUCACCCUCCCUGACAUCACCAGGUGAGAAGAGAACAGAGAUUAAAUGGAGAUUUUCAUUUAUCAUUAUGUUGUACUCAAAUCCAUUCCAUUCUAAUGAUCUGUGAUGGUUGUAUUGUCAGUGAGGCCAAAUGUCUGGGUUCAAAGGCUGUGUGCAGGCAGGCCUUUGAGUACAGUAAGGGGGGCAACAUGAACAUCAUAUCAGAGCUGGUCAUUGACCAGCACGCCCUGCAAGCAGUGGAGACCUUCCUGGGUGAGUGUUGUACCAGCCGUCACUGUUCUCAGAUGGAGCAUUCUAGAAUCAGUAGGAAUGUUUAAUACAUCCCUAUACAUUACUCUGCAUUGAGGUAUAGUUUUAUUCUAAAAGAAACGUAGCUACGGGUUACAACUACGACUAAAUAUUUUCUGUUUGCAUGUAUGCUUGCUUGUGUGUGUGCCUGUGUGUGUGUCCAGAUGAGGAGCGUGUGCUGGUGGAGCUGGCCUGCGGGGCUGCGUUUGCGGCUGUAUACUGUGGGGUCAUCCAGACACUGCAGGGUGGGGGCCGGCUGCCCAUUCCCCUAGCAGGGCUGCUGGUGAUGAUCGUCUGUGGAGGCAGCAGCAUCAACCAGGCACAGCUGCAACAUCUCAGGAAAGUCCUCAACAGAUGA